CUACUUUAAAGAGUCCUCUCCUGCUUAUAUGCAGGUGUAUAUCAGUAUGUAGUGUCUCUACUUUAAAGAGUCCUCUCUCCGCUCUAAUCCUCUUUACAUACAAACCCAAGUUAAUGUCUUUGAAGUCUUUUAAUCUGCACCUGCUCUCCUCAGCCUCGGCGUACGCAGACCUGCAGCAGCACCGGUUCGAUGCCGUCCAGAGGAGAGAGGUACCAGCGCCCGACUACCAGAAGGGGGACGAGGACGAGGACCUCAUUAAACCCAAGAAACUGCUGAAUCCUGUCAAAGCUUCACGGAGCCAUCAGGAACUCCACCGGGAGCUCAUGAGCAGCUGUAAACGAGGCGGGGGGGCGGUGGAGAUGAAGCCGGAGCUGCAGAGAGUCCUGGAGUCCAGGAAGAGAGAUCAGCUGAUCAGAACCAGGAAGCAGGAAGAGGAAACUCACAGGAAGGUUUCCCCUCUGGAGGCUGAGCUGCUGAAGAGACAGCAGAAACUGGACGAGUUGGACAGACAGCAGCAGAGAGAGCAGGACGACAGCAUGAAAGCUCCAGAGUUCGUCAAAGUGAAGGAGAACCUGAGACGGACGUCCUUUCAAAAAGAGGAAAAGGACGUGUAGAGACAUCUGCUGUCCUGCAGGAGAAAGACACUGUCCACAUGUUUACAUGACACACACACUGAGGAAACAUGCAUACUGAGGACACACACAUUACAUGUCACUUGUUAGACACUUUUAUCCAAAGCGACUCACAUACUCAACACUGUGGACGAUCCCCACAGAAGCAAUUUGGGGUGAAGCGUCUCAGGGACACAACGACAUGCUGCUGCAGUGGGGUUUGAACCUGUGACCCCCUGAUCCCAACACCAAGGCUCUAUCCACUGCGCCACACAUAUACUGAGGACACACAUACAGAGGACACAUAUAUAUUGAGGACACACACAUACAUACUGAGGACACACAUACUGAGGACACACA